GGACGGGAUGGAUCAAUCAACUGAAAUAAAAAAAAUACUCUUGCGGCAUCUCUCAAGUCAGCAAAACAACGUCAUUCGCACCAUACAUUUUGUUAAGACAGCAUGGUCGGCUAGCAGAGACCAUAACAUUAGCUAACGUUGGCCAAUUGUCUGGCAGUGUUCCAGUUUAUUCGCAUUUAUUAUGUAGAAAACAAUGUUUGAAAUGUAGCCCAUCACAUGGGUGAAUGGUUUCUGACCUCAAACAAAUAUAGCGUGUUACUAUGUUGUAAACGGAGCAAACGGAGGUUGUUUUGCUGCUAGCUAGCUUUCUAGUCAAGCUAUACACCACAUUAGGUGCCUCAUGCGCUGCAAUACUGUAGAUCUUUGCGAGUUUUGAAAGUGUUAACGGCCUCGAUGACCGAUAAGGAGUUACCAUUAUCUUUGGUAAGGGAUAAUGUUUGGGGUGAUCAAACUUGAAAAGUGUGUGCAGGAUGCGGAGGGCUGGAGCGAGCGAGGAAUGGCGUCCUAGAUUUAUCAGGAGACAUACUUGGAUUACGGAGGAUGAAUGGAAGGAAACAGAGAGGAAGGUGAUCUUGAAUUGGUCAAAAGGGAGAUGGUUUGUUGAAGAAUGGUAGAAAGUGUGAUCUGUACACCGGAUCGAAGACAGGAGAAAUGAAAGUGAAUAAGGGCGAAGUAUCAGGUGGUAGGUGUGGUGAAGUUCUCGGAGCCCGAGGAUUACACGGAGGGUCAGGAUAAAGAUGAGUAUGUGACUAGGAGUGAAAUUAGGGAAAAAGUGGACCCUUGCCUUUUGGCUGAUCCAUUUGUGGUUUCAGGGUGGGUGAAAAUUGAGUUGGGUGGUGUGUAAUCGGUGAAGGUAACCUGAAGUAGUCUUGUGAUUGUUUGCGUUUCUGUUGGUCAGAUGAAACAGGCGCUCCGCGUCAAACGUCUGAGGACAGGAUAUGUUAAUUGUUUUGCUCUCAAGUAUAGGGCGCCAUUAAAAGGAGUGAUUACUGGGGUAGCGGUAAAUGUGAAAGUGGACAAUCUGAAGCCAGGGGAAGAUUCCCGGUGUUUGUGAUGCUCUUCGUUUGGUGCGACGCAGACUGUGUGGCUUGAGUGGAGAAACAGAGGAGUCGUUGUUCUUUUGAUGUUGAGUCUUUGCCCGGCAAAGUGAUGUUAAAUCAGUUAUCCCCGUCUGAGCUUUUGUAACGAAUACAUUACGAUGUUAACGUUACAGGUGUGUCAAGCUAAUGGGCAUGUGGCAGCAGUGUAGAAGGGAGGUUCCUAGGUAUGCAGAAGGGCAUGAGACAAAGGUAUGUGUUGCGUUGGUGAAUUUUGGUUGAGAGAAUGGCAAGUGUGUGCAAAGCUGUCAAGGCAAGGGGUGGCUACUUUGAAGAAUCUCAAAUAUAAAAUAUAUUUUAUAUUUGUUUAACACUUUUUUUUUUUAUUACAUGAUUCCAUGUGUGUUAAUUCAUAGUUUUGAUGUCUUCACUAUUAUUCUAAAAUGUAGAAAAUAGUACACAAUAAAGGAAAACUCUUGAAUGAGUAGGUGUGUCUAGAGUUGCACAUUAUGGUGAAUAUUCAGAGGUGGAUACUUGGGAAUUAAUGGGAAUAUGCAAAUUAAUAUUAAUACCAUUUAAAUGGAGAUGUUUUUUGCUUUGGAAAUAUUUACCAUAUAUGGAGAUAAACCUUUUACCUUUUUAUAAGUAUACAUAAUUGCAAAUUAUUAAAUCCUUCCAAUAUAAAUAAUAAUAAAAUAAAAAUUGUUACGAAUUGAACUUUAAUUAAAUGAGUUGACUCUUCACAUGGGAUGAACAACAAAAGAAAGGGAAUAUUGAAUGAUCCCCAAUGAUCCAUCGCAUCUCCCAAAAACGUUUUCAACAUACAUCUUUAAAAUGAAACUAAAGCUUUGGUUGUCUUCCUCUCAGGCUUCCAUGUCUUCUCCCUGGACCUCCUCGAUGUCCACCUCUUGAACAUCAGACUCUGAGGCCUCAUCUUCACUGUCACUUUCCAACCUUGUUGAGGAUGGCUCAUUGUCAGACUCAAAAAGCCUAAAAUUUGCCUGGAUGGACACCAAUUUUUCAACCCAUGUAUUGGUCAGCCUGUUGCGUGCUUUGUUGUGUGUGUUUCCAAACAAGGACCAGUUGCGCUCCGAGGCGGCGGCUGUUUGUGGGAUUUGGAGGAUAAUGUAGGCAACAGGGGAAAGAGCCUCAGAUCCACAAAGUCCCUUCCACCAGGUGGCUGAUGAGAUAUGUUGGCACGAAUGUCAUAUUGCAUCUCCAUCCCAAAGCCCUUGCUUGGAAGUGUACUUCGCCAGACUGCCAAGAACCUUGCCCUCAUCCAGGCCAAGGUGGCGAGACACGGUAGUGAUGACACCAUAGGCCUUGUUGAUCUCUGCACCAGACAGGACGCUCUUGGCAGCAUACAUGUACGCUGCGGCGUGUAUGAGCUUCAGGCAGAAGUCUUCAUGCUUUUUGAUGUAUUUCAGAACUGCAGUUUCCUCUGCUUGGAGCAACAGUGAAGUGGGCAGGGCAGUACGGAUUUCUUCUCACAUCUGCAAGCAGAGUCUGAACAUCAGACAGGAUGGCAUUGUCUCCCUCAAUCCUGCUAUAUGUUUCAGGCUGCUUACCACUCUCUCCCAAAAUACAUCAUCCAGGAGGAUCCUCUUGAUGGGGCUGUCCAUAUCGGCAGACUAUGAUAUGGCCCUUUCUUGGAGAGACUCCUUCCCCUUCAGGAGACUGUCAAACAUGAUGACAACACCACCCAAACGGGUGUUUCUGGGCAGCUUCAAUGUGGUGCUCUUAUUCUUCUCACUUUGCUUGAGUGGAGCUUGGCGCUGUCACAUUCUCAGGCUCACCUGAGAAAUGUCCACCCCGGACCCCCCCAUGGGAGGGACGCCUAGGCUGGGCCCGUCUCCAAGACCGGGGCCUUCUCCAGGAGCCAUGGGCCCCAGCCCUUCCCCAGGCUCUGCUCAUAGCAUGAUGGGACCCAGCCCAGGUCCCCCAGCCUCUGGACACUCCCACCCACAACAGGGGCCCUCAGGAUAUCCUCAGGAGAAUAUGCAUCAGAUGCACAAACCUAUGGAAGGCGUGCAUGAGAAGGGCAUGUCUGAUGACCCUCGCUAUGGACCAAUGAAGAGCAUGGGCAUGAGACCAGGUGGAGGCCACAUUGGAAUGGGAUCCCCUCCUAGCCCCAUGGAUCAACAUUCCCAAGGCUACCCCUCUCUACUGGGGGGUUCUGAGCACUCACCCAGCCCUGUGCCAGCCAACGGCCCUCCCCCCAGCCCCAUGAUGCCCUCUGGCCCAGGUGUCCCCAUGGAGGGCGGUGACCCCCAGUCCAUGGGCCAGCAGAACCGCGUUGGGGUCCCAGGUCCGAGUGGUGGUUCUGGGCCAGGCGGGGUUGGGCCGGGUGGACCCACCCCCUUCAACCAAAACCAGCUGCACCAGCUCAGGGCCCAGAUCAUGGCCUACAAGAUGCUGGACCGCAGCCAGCCCCUGCCAGACCACCUGCAGAUGGCUGUGCAGGGCAAGAGGCCCAUGCCAGGGAUGCAGCAGCAGCCAGGGAUGCCCAACAUGCCGCCUUCCUCUGGGCCUGGGGCGGGGCCUGGACAGCCACCAGCAAACUACAACAGACAACUUGGAAUGGUAGGCCCAAACAUGCCUCCUCCAGGACCCUCAGGUGUUCCCCCUGGUAUGCAGGGACAGCACACCAAUGGACCCCAUAAACAAUGGCCCGAAGGGUGUAUGGUGAAUGCUGCUGCUCCAUCCAGUGCCCCCCAGAAGCUGAUUCCCCCUCAGCCCACUGGCAGACCCUCCCCUGCUCCCCCCUCCGUGCCCCCUACUGCCUCCCCGGUCAUGCCCCCCCAGACCCAGUCCCCUGGGCAUCCCCCCCAGCCCUUGCCCAUGGUGCUGCACCAGAAACAGAACCGCCACACGCCCAUCCAGAAGCCCCGUGGUCUGGACCCAGUGGAGAUCCUCCAGGAGAGAGAGUACAGGCUGCAGACUCGAGUGCUAAGGCGCGUAGCGAGUAAAAAUCAUCUGUCCUCCGUUCCAACACUCACUACCGAGUUUCAAACUGCCUCUGGAAGCAACGUCAGCACAAGAACUGUUCGUCGGGGGCUUCAUGAAAUGGGUUUCCAUGGCCGAGCAGCCGCACACAAGCCUAAGAUCACCAUGCGCAAUGCCAAGCGUCGGCUGGAGUGGUGUAAAGCUCGCCGCCAUUGGACUCUGGAGCAGUGGAAACGCGUUCUCUGGAGUGAUGAAUCACGCUUCACCAUCUGGCAGUCUGACGGACGAAUCUGGCUUUGGCGGAUGCCAGGAGAAAGCUACCUGACCGAAUGCAUAGUGCCAACUGUAAAGUUUGGUGGAGGAGGAAUAAUGGUCUGGGGAUGUUUUUCAUGGUUCGGGUUAGGCACCUUAGUUCCAGUGAAGGGAAAUCUUAACGCUACAGCAUACAAUGACAUUCUAGACGAUUCUGUGCUUCCAACUUUGUGGCAACAGUUUGGGGAAGGCCCUUUCCUGUUUCAGCAUGACAAUGGCCCCAUGCACAAAGCGAGGUCCAUACAGAAAUGGUUUACCGAGAUUGGUGUGGAAGAACUUGACUGGCCUGCACAGAGCCCUGACCUCAACCCCAUCGAACAUCUUUGGGAUGAAUUGGAACGCAGACUGCGAGCCAGGCCUAAUCGCCCAACAUCAGUGCCCGAUCUCACUAAUGCUCUUAUGGCUGAAUGGAAGCAAGUCCCCGCAGCAAUGUUCCAACAUCUAGUGGAAAGCCUUCCCAGAAGAGUUGAGGCUGUUAUAGCAGCAAAUGGGGGACCAACUCCAUAUUAAUGCUCAUGAUUUUUGGAAUUAUAUGUUCAAAGAGCAGGUGUCCACAUACUUUUGGUCAUGUAGUCUACACAAUUUUUUUUUGUCAGGGGGGUUAGAUCAGCUCAAAUAUUGCAGAUAGAUUGUGGCUUCUAUCAGUGUAAAUAUCUACAUCAUUUCCAAUCCCACACAUAUUUUUUGGCUGUGUAUAUAUAUAUAUAUACAGUACCAGUCAAAAGUUUAUACAGUACCAGUCAAAAGUUUUUAUUUUUAUUUUACUAUUUUCUACAUUGUAGAAUAAUAGUAUAGACUUAAACUAUAAAAUAACACUUAUGGAAUAAUGUAGUAACCAAAAAAGUGUUAAACAAAUCAAAAUAUAUUUUAUAUUUGAGAUUCUUCAAAGUAGCCACCCUUUUCCUUGAUGACAGCUUUUCACGUUCUUGGCAUUCUCUCAACCAGCUCAUGAGGUAGUCACCUGAAAUGCAUUUCAAUUAACAGGUGUGACUUGAUAAAGUUAGUUUGUGGAAUUUAUUUCCUUAAUGCGCUUGAGCCAAUCAGUUGUGUUGUGACAAGGUCAGAGUGGUAUAGAGAAGAUAGCCCUAUUUGGUAAAAUACCAAGUCCAUAUUAUGGCAAGAACAGCUCAAAUAAGCAAAGAGAAACGAUAGACCAUAUUUACUUUAAAACAUGAAGGUCAGUCAAUCUGGAAAAUGUCAAGAACUUUGAACGUUUCUUUAAGUGCAGUUGCAAAAACCAUCAAGUGCUAUGAUGAAACUGGCUCUCAUGAGGACCGCCACAGGAAAGGAAGACCCAGAGUUACCUCUGACGCAGAGGAUACGUUCAUUACAGUUACCAGUCAGCAAUUAACUGUACCUCAGAUUGCAGCCCAUAUAAAUGUUUCACAGAGUUCAAGUAACAGACAUCUCAACAUCAACUGUUCAGAGGAGACGGCGUGAAUCAGGCCUUCAUGGUCAAACUGCUGCAAAGAAACCACUACUAAAAGACACCAAUAAGAAGAAGCGACUUGCUUGGGCCAAGAAACACGAGAGAAUGGACAUUAGACCUUGGAAAUCUGUGGUUCCAACCGCCGUGUCUUUGGGAGAUGCAGAGUAGGUGAACGGAUGAUCUCUGCAUGUGUGGUUCCCACUGUGAAGCAUGGAGGAGGUGGUGUGAUGAUGUGGGGGUGCUUUGCUGGUGACACUGAUUUAUUUAGAAUUCAAGGCACACUUAAUCAGCAUGGCUACGACAGCAUUCUUCAGCGAUACGCCAUUCCAUCUGGUUUGCGCUUAGUGGGACUAUCAUUUGUUUUUCAACAGGACAAUGAACCAACACACCUUCAGGCUGUGUAAGAUCUAGUUGACCAAGAAGGAGAGUGAUGGAGUGCUGCAUCAGAUGACCUGGCCUCCACAAUCACCCAACCUCAAACCAAUUGAGAUGGUUUGGGAUGAGUUGGACCGCAGAGUGAAGGAAAAGCAGCUAACAAGUGCUCAGCAUAUGUGGGAACUCCUUCAAGACUGUUGGAAAAGCAUUCCAGGUGACUACCUCAUGAAGCUGGUUGAGAGAAUGCCAAGAGUGUGUAAAGCUAUCAUCAAGGCAAAGGGUGGCUACUCUGAAAAAUAUUACAUAUUUUGAUUUGUUUAACACUUUUUUGGUUACUACAUGAUUUCAUGUGUUAUUUCAUAGUUUUGAUGUCUUCACUAUUAUUCUACAAUGAAUAGUAAAAAUAAAGAAAAACCCUUGAAUUUUUGUUAUAUAUAUUGUCCAUUUAUUAUUUUCCCAUAACCCUACCACCCCUCCCCUAAUUGGAUUUACACUAAUGGACAACAACACUUAGGCUUUUACUUACAGCUUAUACAUACUAUAUCCUGUACAUUUUACGGACACAAUACAUUUUACUUUAGUUAUCUUGUUUUUUUGUUAUUUUUAGUCCCACACUUCAGCUCCUCUCAACCCCUCCCAUCCAUCUCUGAACACCAUCCAGUUUUGAUGUCUAUUUGCCAAAUAUUUUUCAACUGUACUGUGAUGUUUCACGAAAGUUCGGAACCUUUCUAUUCUCAUUAGUUUCACAGAUUGUAAAUUAAAUAUAACAUUUUUUGCUAA